GCGCGCUGGGGCGUGGAAAGGGGCCCACAGUGCGUGAUCCUGUGGACGCGCGUGGCCGCGGAGGAAGAUGGCGCUGUGGAGCCAGCGGGUCGUGGCCGCGCUCCGGCUGUGGGGCCGGAUAGCUUGCCCACUCUCUUCUGUCAGUACUGCAGGUGGAAGAAGGCCUGUCUCUCUGUCGGCGAGGGCUCCAGGCAUCUCUGGAAGCAGAGGACGCCCUGAGAGGUUUUCCCUGCAGGAUGUAGCUGAGCUGAUUCGGACCGGAGCCUGCCAGAGGGUGGUGGUCAUGGCUGGAGCUGGCAUCAGCACUCCCAGCGGGAUCCCAGACUUCAGGUCUCCAGGCAGCGGCCUCUAUAGCAACCUCCAGAAGUAUGACAUCCCUUACCCCGAGGCCAUUUUUGAACUCGAGUUUUUCUUUCACAACCCCAAGCCCUUCUUCACUUUGGCCAAGGAGCUGUACCCUGGGAACUACAGGCCCAAUUUCACUCACUACUUCCUCCGACUGCUGCAUGACAAGCGACUGCUCCUGCGGCUGUACACACAGAACAUCGACGGGCUAGAGAGAGUGGCAGGCAUCCCUGCCUCGAAGCUGGUGGAAGCCCAUGGGACCUUCGCCUCUGCCAGCUGCACCGUCUGCCGGAGAUGCUUCCCCGGGGAGGACUUCAGGGGUGACGUGAUGGCAGACAGGGUCCCGCGCUGCCCCGUGUGCACUGGCGUCGUGAAGCCCGACAUAGUGUUCUUCGGGGAGCCGCUGCCGCAGAGGUUCUUCCUGCACGUGGUCGACUUCCCCAUGGCGGACCUGCUGCUCAUCCUGGGCACUUCCCUGGAGGUGGAGCCUUUCGCCAGCUUGUCUGAGGCCGUGCGGAGCUCCGUGCCCCGCCUGCUCAUCAACUGGGAUUUGGUGGGGCCCUUGGCUUCUCGUCCUCGUGGCAGGGACGUGGCCCAGCUCGGGGACGUGGUUCACGGCGUGGGAAAGCUGGUGGAGCUUCUGGGCUGGACAGAAGAGAUGCACGACCUUAUCCAGCGGGAAACUAGAAAGCUCGACGGCCGGGACAUAUAGGAUGCUCGCCCACGUUCAAGCAGCGGCUACAUCGCAGAGCCACAUCCGGCUUCUGGUGAGACCACGUGCCUGAAGACAGCUUUGGCCGAGCCAGGACCUGUGACCUGGAGCAGCAGACGGCUGUGGCUGCCACUGUGAUGGCGUCUCAUCCUGGAGACGGGAGCUGUCCACUUGCUGCUGGACUCGGGUGGGGUGGCCCUCUCGAAUCCCAGAGCAGUCUGCCUGUCCCCCUGGGGGCAGCCCAGCAUCUGCUGAGGGCUGAGUGGCUCUCUGGCCCCAGUGCGUCCUCAGGGCCAAGUGACACCCUCCGGGUCUUCCGGCACAUGGGUCUCCUCAGUGUGUCCGUUUCUGGCACAAAGUAAAUUUUAAUAUAAAAAACUGUUUCUCUCUUCUGAGGGACAACUGACGUGAACGUGGAACGGGGCCCUGGAAGGCACCCCCCCCCCCCCCCCGCCAGGGCUUCCUGACGUGGAGACCUCGCCAGCAGCGUGGCUCAGGCUGCCCCGUGUACUUCCGCACUGGGCGCCCAUCUUGUGCAGUGGCUGCUUCCCCUCUCGCACACCUAUGCACACCCUCCUUCCUAGCGUGUGAGCUGUUGUUACCUCGGCAGAAGCACCACCUGUCCCCGAGCCACCCGGAAGGUGUCCCCAGUGAGAACAAAGACGGUGGCCAUCUUGAGCAGGGCCGAGCUCUAGGGAGAACGUAUUUCUACUUCCCCUUUACUUGCUGUUUUACAUAAAUUCAGACACACAUUCUUGCCCAAAA